AGAAACCAUCAGACCUAAGUAAAUCUGGGACGAGCUGGGCUUCUUGCUGUUGGACUACUCAUCUAAGACUGACUGGCUGACCUUCACUCUCUAAUCUCUUUAAAUCUACAAAUCAGCUUUGUGUCCAUCAUCAUGUCUGACAUCGUUACAGCUAUCUCUCUCCUCAUCAAGUGCUUCAAUAAGUAUGCUUGCAAGGAAGGGAACCCGUGCACCCUGAACAAGGGAGAGCUGAAACUGCUACUUCAGAAUGAACUUGGAGAGCUGCUGCAGAAAGCCAAUAACAAGGAUGAGCUGGACAACAUCUUCCAAGACCUGGACACAAACAAGGACAACAGUGUGGACUUCACUGAGUUUGGCAGGCUGGUCUUGUGCCUCACUGUGAUGUGCCACGAGUACUUCAUCAACAAAAAAUAGGAAUCCGAGCGCCACCUUGGGGUCAGCAUAGAGAGCUGCCUCCCUGUGAAAGAAAUGUUUCCCAUUAAAUCUGUUCUGACAAAGGAAUAAAUAUUUACUACUAUUUACUAAAUGACCCUAAAGUCGCGAAAAAUGAUAUUGUAAUGCACAAUUAUUGAAAUAAACUUCUUUUUCGUUGA